GCUCUGAUCGCCCGUGUCAUCGUUUCCUUUUCGGUCAGCACACUCAGCAGGUACUUCGCGGUCUGGUCCGGUUGGGCUCCUCUUUGCCGAUCCUUUUCUCGAGCUACUCAUCCGCAAGAACGACGCGAAGCCCUUCCGUUUAGCCUUUCCUUUAUCGUCUGGUUGGAGCGCCGCGUUUUGCACCCGGACACUUCCUGCGCGGACAUCCUCCUUAUCGGCUCCUUGCUAUGCGCCGUGUGGGGAUCACUCCGGUGGAGCGAUCUGCUCUGGUGCCCUCCGGACCGUAUUCAUCUGCACUCCGACGGGUCCGUUAUCUCCGGUAUUGCUAUGCGAGCCAAAGUCACUCGUUCCGGGAUGCCGUGGGGCAUUCUCCCUUCCGGUCUUACCGGCACUCCUUCAGGCUCUUGGUCCUUGCGGUGGCUUGCGGUUCUGAAGCAAUCGCUCCAGCGUUCCCGCGCCGCCUUUCCCAACAGAGUCAUCGACUUCCUUCCUGCCCUCCUUUCCGGUCCCUCUGAUGCCCCGGUCCUGUUCAGUCCUCUGCAGCGGGACCGCGGUGUCACUUGGAUCCGGUCUCUUCUCAUGGAACAUUGGCGUGAAUCUGCCUCCGGCCCGCCUCCUGAAGCGUUCCGUUUCAUCGGCGCACAUAGUGCCAAGGUGACCUUGCUCAGUUGGGCCCGGCAACUGAAUUUUCCAUCUGACCUUCGUCGCAUUCAAGGGCAUCACCGUUUGUCCGGCGCGGACGCGUCGGUAGCUCUCUAUAGCAGAGACGAUAUCGGCGCUAUGGUCUACCUCCAGCGGGCCCUGGCGUUCCACAUCCGUUCCGGGUUUCGUCCGAUGCAGCCCUUGGCGCGCGGUCUUGCCGAGCCCCUUCCGGAUUUCCCUGUACAGCUCCCGGCGGCUGUCCCUCUGGGCACAGAACCGCUGUUCCCGGCCUUUCCCGGUUUGAACCUCUCUCUUCAGACCCCUGCUGCUACUGACCCGGUUCCUCAGCCGGCCUCUCCGGUGGUUUCGGGCCACUCUCCCCCGUCUUCCGGUCAGGACACUAGCGCCGUUCGCCAUGCAGCCGUGCGGGUCGAGGCCCACGCCGCGCGCAGCCUGGAGGCCUCUGAUCCUUCCGGGUCUGGCACCGUUUGGGUUCGACCCGCCUGCGGCUCCCAGACCCGCCAAUUGGCUCCGGACUCUUUGUGCGACUCCGUCCCACCGGGCACUACUCUGUGUCUCCGUACCGCAUGUCUCAUCCGUUUUUCCACGGUACCCUAG